AUGGCGCGACGACCAAUCCUCAUCGGCAAUGUCUCAGGCUCAACAGGUGAUCGUCUAGAUGGUCUGAAAUCAAUGCUAAGUGGACCCACCAAAAUCGAUGCCAUAACCGGAGACUGGCUUUCCGAAUUCAACAUCGGCACUCGAGCCUUAGAACGCCAAACCUCCGGCACAGCGAAAUUCGAGCCAGGAUUCCUCUACUCGCUCCGUCUAGCCAUUACAGAAUACAAAUCCUACCCAACCCCCCUGAAGAUUGUCGUGAAUGCCGGUGGGGCCGAUCCACAAGGCCUGGCGAUCAAAGUUGAAGAAUUUCUGCGGGAAAAUGGCUUGAGCAGGAAAAUCGCGUAUGUUACUGGUGAUGAUGUUCUUGAUCGUCUUGAUGAGGGAUUGGAUUUGCGACCUCUUCAUCGGGAGCAAAAGGAGACGUUUAAGGAGUUUCGAGAGAAGACUCAGGGGGUGUUGUCUGCGAAUGUGUAUAUUGGAGCUGGAGCUAUACGGGAAGCUUUGGUUCAGGGCGCGGAUAUUGUUAUUGUGGGUCGUUGUACUGAUGCCAGUCCGGUCAUUGGCUUGGCUUCAUGGUGGCAUGGCUGGAAAGCUUCUUCACUGGAUUCGCUGGCGGGAGCGUUGGCUGCUGGACACUUGAUCGAAUGUGGUUGCUAUGUUACCGGAGGCAGUUUUGCAGGCUACCAGUCCAUGGGCGAUAGCCGUUUCGACCUAUCUUUCCCCAUCGCCGAGAUUUUCAACGAUGGCCGAGCGAUCAUCCAGAAGCAGCCAGGCCAGAAUGGAAUAAUCACUCGAGAUACCGUUCGAACACAAUUCGUCUACGAAUUACAAGGAUUARCCUACCUGAACCCCGACGUAGUAGCAGAUUUGACGGAUAUCGCCAUGGAGCAGUACGACACGGACGAAGUGCUAGUAUCUGGUAUCAAAGGAUUACCGCCACCUCCAACUCUGAAAGUAGCAGUCACUGCCCAAGCCGGAUAUCAAGCCGAGUUCUUGUUGUAUGUCACGGGAAGGGAUGCACCCGCCAAAGUCGAAGAUUUCCGACGUAUGGCUCACAAGAUGAUUGAUGUAUCGAAACUGGAAACUUUCCGUCUGCAAUUGUGUGGAGUGGCUUCUGAGAAUCCUCAAUCGCAGGCCGAGGCGACGAUGAUAUUGCGAGUAAUGGCCAAAGCGAAAGAUGCAAAGUUGUUAUCCAGAGGUCGUUUUCUUGGCCCGCUCCUCAGUAAUCAGCUACAAGGCUACCCAGCCUUGACGCCGAAUUUGGACUAUCGAAUGGCAGACCCUCGCGCUCUGGUCACGCUAUACACGGGUUUGGUUCAUCGCGAACACAUACAGCAGACUCUGCAUAUCAUUGGAUCGGCAUCACAGGCUGUUCCCGACGACGUACCUUCAACACGUGUAGUCAAGGAGCAUAAACUCCAGACUACCGCUUCAAACGGRACUACCCCGAAAUCUUUUGGCCCGACAAGUAGAGCUCCGCUGGGCUCGAUACUGUUUGGUCGCAGUGGUGAUAAAGGCGCCAACGUUAACGUCGGUCUAUUCUUUCCCUCUGCGGAAGAAUCUCUCGAGAAAUGGGACUGGUUGUGUAGGUUUCUCACCACAGCAAAACUUAUCGAGUUGAUGGGAACAGACUACCGGCCAGACACACAUGUUGAGCGGUGUGAAUUUCCCAAUAUAUGUGCGGUGCAUUUUGUUGUGCAUGGACAUCUUGGAACGGGGGUGAGUAGUACGGAGAGUAUAGAUCCACUGGGUAAAGGAUUCGUGGAGUUUUUACGUUCUUGUAUGGUGGAUAUUCCUUUGAAGUUCCUUACUCCUGGAGUAAGGCUUUGA